AUGUCCGUGUCCAGGAAAGACUGGUCGGCGCUGUCCAGCCAGGCCAGGCAGUGGAGUCUGGAGGAUGAGGAGGAGCAGCAGCGUGAGCGCCGGCGACGGAGCCGUGCCCUGAGCUCCAGCAAGCCGGAGGAGGCGAGUCCCCAGCACACGCCGAAUGGAGAGCAGCCGGCCACUGAGAGACUGCGGAGCCCUGAGGAGGAGGUGGCACCCCGGCCCCCCGACCCCGACCCCCAGGAUGAGGAGCAGGACGUCCAGGCGCUGCUCAGGAAACGGCGGCAGAGGCGGCAGGCGGGGGCCCCCGGGGACCCCAUCCGGGAGCAGCCAGAAGCAGAGGAGCCCCCGAGGGCCCCGCCACAGCCUCCUGCGCCCCAGGAGGAGGUGGAGCUGCAGCCCCCAGAGAGACUGAGCCCCGCCCGGUGCAGCCCCUCGGCCCAGGAGGAGAGCCGGGAGGGCGGUGAGCCAGGAGGAGAGAGGAAGGGGGUCUCAGACAAGACGCCCCUGACACCAGAGACCCCCGGCACCGAGAAGCCUGUUUCGGAGAAGGCCUUGGCAAAGAGACUGACCCCCGAGGAGACCCUCCCCUCCAGGGAGUCCCUGGAGAGAACAUCAGCAGGGAAAACUGAGGCCACGGCGCCAAAGCUGGGCCUGGAGAGGAAGCCAUCGGUUCGAGAAAGAUGCAGCGCUUUUGAGAGGCCGCCAGCCCCCAGGGAGACUGGAACCAGCUCUGAGAAAUUCUCAGUUCUAGAAAGAUCCAGUUCCUUCAAGAAGCCGCCAGGCUCUGAGAAGUCCUUGGUUCUAGAAAGAUCCAGUGCCUUCGAGAAGCCGCCAGGCCCUGGGGAGAAAUCCUCAGUUCUAGAAAGAUCCAGUUCCUUCAAGAAGCCGCCAGGCUCUGAGAAGUCCUUGGUUCUAGAAAGAUCUAGUGCCUUCGAGAAGCCGCCAGGCCCUGGGGAGAAAUCCUCUGCUUUAGAAAGAUCCAGUUCCUUCAAGAAGGUGCCAGGCUCUGAGAAGUCCUUGAUUCUAGAAAGAUCCAGUGCCUUCGAGAAGCUGCCAGGCCCUGGGGAGAAAUCCUCAGUUCUAGAAAGAUCCAGUUCCUUCAAGAAGGUGCCAGGCUCUGAAAAGUCCUUGGUUCUAGAAAGAUCCAGUGCCUUCGAGAAGCCGCCAGGCCCUGGGGAGAAAUCCUCAGUUCUAGAAAGAUCCAGUUCCUUCAAGAAGCCACCAGGUUCUGGGGAGAAGUCCGUGGUGCUAGAAAGAUCCAGUUCCUUCAAGAAGGUGCCAGGGUCUGAGGAGACGUCCUUGAUUCUAGAAAGAUCCAGUGCCUUCGAGAAGCCUUCAGCCCCAAGGGAGAAGUCCUUGGUUCUAGAAAGAUCCAGUGCCUUCGAGAAGGCUUCAGCCUCAAGGGAGAAGUCCUCAGUUCUAGAAAGAUCCAGUGCCUUUGAGAAGCCUUCGGCUCCGAGGGAGAAGUCCUCCAUCCUAGAAAGAUCCAGUGUCUUCGAGAAACCACCGGUCCCUGGGGAGAAGUCCUCGGUUCCGGAGAAGUCUGGCCCCUUCGAGCAGCCUCUGGCCGCAGGGAGGCCAGCGGGCACGGACAGGAGGCUGGUGUCUGAGAAGGCACAGAUGUUCGAGAAGCCGCAGGGCUCCGAGAGGGUGUCCCAGGAGCCCAGUCUGGCUCCCAGGAGGACGGGCUUUGAGCGACUCCAGGCCCGGGAGCAGCCAGCCCCUGGGGGAAACCUGUCACCCCCCGGAGGGCAGAGGGCCAGGACCCUUCCCGACAAGAGACCCCCCUGCUCAGCCACGCCCGGAGAGCAGGGCGCGGCCAGCCAGCAGGCCCCGGCCACCCGCUUCCCGCCCGUUUCCUUCCAGGUGAAGAUCCCUAUUGGAGAGGACAAGGCGGACAUGCCCUCCCCCACCCAGGGCACCCCCGACACCCCGGUCAGGUGCUCCUCCGGCUACACCCGCAUCACCGUCCAGAUGAGCCCCCGGCAAGAGAACGCAGAAACAAGAUUAUUCCGCAGUGCCAGCAUGAAGACCAGUAGCAGCACAGGCAGUGGCGAGAAGGUGCAGGAGAAGAUGCAGAAGUACAACUUGGCCGUCCAGCGAUCAAACUCCAUGAGAUGCCCUGGCGCCUCCCGCACCGAGACCCCUGUCAUUCCCACGAGUGCCGCCAACGUGGCCAACAGGCGCCACCUCUUUGAGAAGGAGCUGCCGAGCGGGAACCGAGCAGACCGCGUCUCCAGACCGAGGGACAACCUGAAGCUCCAGGGGGCCGUGACGUCCAAGAUGACCCUGUUCCUCAGCAAGUACCAGGCGCCUCCUGAGCAGGACCUGCAGGAGGCGCAGGAGGACACGGAGGAGCGGCGGAUAGAGAGGUUGGACGAAGUGGUGUGAGGGUCCAGGUGGAGCCACACAGCUGCGUCACCGCCUCGGAUGCCCGCCGUGCCCCCCAGCGGCACCCACCUCGCGCCGCCCCUGAGCCUGCUCUGCACUCUUGGGGAGACAUGGCCUGUGCC